AAACCGAGUCUGCCUUGGCACAGAGAGGCAGAGAGAGAGAGGCAGAGCAAGCAUCCAGCAUCAUCUUCUCUUGCCUCUCGGCUCCCAUCUCCAUCACUCCAGGGCUUGCCCCCCAUCCUGGCCGGUGUGUUCCCCUUCCAGACGAAGCCUGUCCCUUAUUGAACCCCAAAGAGAAGGGGGGUCCUGAAGGGACUGCGGCUGCCUGGUGUUGGGGAGCGCAUUUCAGCACCGCGGAGAGCUCCGGAGGCAGCCGCAUCCAGCAGCAUCUCCACGCAUGGCGAGUGUCCAAGGGGGCGAGAAGCAGCUCUUUGAGAAGUUCUGGCAAGGGACCUUCAAAGCCGUGGCCACCCCGAGGCCUGGCAGCGUCAUCGUGGCCAGCAUCACCGCCCGCAAGCCCCUGGCCAGUGUCGAAACGCCCAGCUAUCUGUCGCUUUCAACUGGGGAGAAAUCCUUCAGGGAACCUCAUCCGGUUCAAGAGACUUCAAGCACCAAUGGCUGUGUGAGGCACAGAUCACGAAGCCCAUCUUACAAUGAGGAAUUUUCACCGCCUCCUCCAAAGGGGAAGAAGAAGAAGAAGAAAUCUACGCGGAAGAAGAGACGGAGGUCUCCAUCCUGCAGCAUCUCUCCUCUGAAGAAGAAGAAGAAAAAGAAGAAUUCCAAGAAGAGGAAAAGGAGCAGGUUGUCGUCAAAGAAGAGAAGGCACAGUUCCUCGAGCCCCAAAAGCAAACGGAAAGAGGAGAAAAAACACAAGAAACACUCCCACAGCCGCUCUCAAAAAUCCCACCGCUCCCACCAUCGGCGCUGCAGCUCGGACUCGGAGAGUACCAAUUCCCUUUCGGAAAGUUGCGGAAGCCGGCCUCGCACUCGACCCCAAGAAGAAGGCCACAAAACACAAUGGAAGCAUGCCCUGCGCUCUUCGAAGAGUGCCCGAAAGUCGACCGGCACUGCAGAGGUGACCGUGGCCACCCCGUCCCUGGGCAGGCCUCUCUUGAACAACCGCCCCCUCCCUGCCGCCGAAGUGAUUUCAAAGGCUGGAGUUUCUAUUGACCUUUCUCAAAAAGCAGAGGGUCAGCUUGUCCAGUUAGCCAAAAGCAACAGAGAUCCCCGUGAAUACGACUCGGGGAAUGACACCGCCUCCCCUCCAUCCGCUCGGACAAGUGCUUCCAGGUCAAAGGCCAGCGAAGAAGCCAACUGCCCAGUCCCCGAUGGCUUUGACCGGACCUUCUCUCCUGGGAAGGCCAAUGGUGGGAGCACCUCCGAUUCUGGCAAUUCCUUCACCAGCUGCCUCUCCCGGACCAAAGGAGCAGCCUUGGGCGAUCCAGCCCCAUCUCCACAGAUCCAAGAGAAAGCUCAAAGAGAAACGCCAUUACAAUUGCUCAGCCAUUCUGAGAGGAAGAAAGCCAGCCUCGUCUCAGCCCCUUUCAAUCGCUCUCCACUUAGUCCUUGUGUCCGAAACACGUCCUCUUCAAGCCGGUCAUCUCCAGAGUCUAGCCAGUCCCAUUCAUCAUACCACAAGGCCAGUCCAAGGUCAUCCCAUAGCAGAUCCUGUUCAUCGGAUACAAGGUCUUAUUCUCGUUCUCCCAGCUACUCACCGAAGUCACACAAGCGGGGUUCCGAAAGCAGGGGUUCGAGGCAACAGCGUAGCCCCAGCUAUUCCCGAUACAGCAGAGACCGCGAACCAGAUCACAAGUAUGGCUCCACCGGGAAGGACUCCCACAGGCAUCGUGGUCACCGGCAUCGCAAACCAUCUUAUUCCCCACUGAGGAAGCGCCGGAGAGAUUCGCCCAGCCACCUAGAGGCACGUCGCAUCACAAGUGCCCGGAAGCGCCCGAUCCCGUACUACAGGCCUAGCCCUUCGUCAUCAUCCUCUCCCAGCAGCAUCAGCAGCUAUUCCUCUUGGUACAGUAGCUUGAGUCCCUCUCCCAGCCGGAGCAGCCGGAGCUAUUCCAACAGCAGGACCAGCCGGAGUCGGAGCUGGAGCAGCAACAGUAGCUCAGGGGCAAGGCACAGCCGUCGGAGUUGCAGCCGGAGCUCUGGGUCCACCGGCAGCUAUGCCAGCAUGCGGCGCUAAGGGAUCCCCGGAAGCUGUGGUGGCAUGGGCUCCUUUACUUUUGGUGUUUUUCGGACCCCGUUGAUGGAAUGCUUGCUUUUCGGUUCAAAGGACAUGUGUUGGUUUGCGGAAGGCAAGUGAUGC